UGGGAUUGGUCGGCUUCGACGUGACCUCUGAACUCCAAUGUCUCACGAUUGUGGCGUCAUCAUAUGCGACUUUCUGAUCACAGACAUGCCUUCUUCUGCAGACAUGAGACAUCACAUCUGACAGUGUACAGGUGUAGUAUAUUGUUACUAACUAUGAGCUCCCUCCUGAUAUUAAAAACAAGAAUAUGUCUGAAAUACAUUAGCCCACUCUUUAAUCCAAGCACUGCUGGCUUUACUCCCCUGAAUAAUGUGAUUAGCAAGCUAUCAGUUAGUUCCAGGCUUUUAUGCACUAAAGGAGGGAGUAGACAUGCAGGCAACAACAGGAAAGAGGACAGACAGAGAGAAUUCAAUAUCAGAGAGAGGCUCCCUUUUCCCAAGUCAGUGUUUGCUUCUGGGACAGCCAAGAGAACUGCUGAAUACCAAAAGAAGAGGGCUGAGGAGGAACCAGACUUCCCCAGAAAGAACAAGAGAGUGAAACCCCCAGACCACCCUCUCACUGCCUCAGAAUGGAAGAGCCUAAAAUUGACUUCACCGAAUCCUGAUCGCUUUGACGUCCGGAUGAUGUCAUCAAUGCUGGCCGAUGGGACAGACAUCAACGUGGCCAAGUCCCUGCUGGCCUAUGUUGCCAUGGAUACCGGUACGCUGUCUUACGAGCUGCUACUGCGGUACCUCACCCUGUGUGUCGGCAGCGGCCAUCACUCUGAGGUGUUUGACAUGUAUGAUAUCAUGAGGAGCCGGUUCAGGACAUUAGACACUGGAGCCUCCAGCCUGUUCAUAAAGGGCUUCAGCAGGACAGAACGCUGGAAGGAGGCGCUGACCAUCCUGGAGAACAUCAAGAGGGCCAUCACGCCAUCACCGCGUAACUACGGCGAUACCAUCGCUGGGGCGGUGCUGCAUGGUGAUGGUGACACUGCCUGGGCCCUGUAUGCUGAGCUGAUGGAGAAGGGCCUCAUUCCCAACCAGGAGACAUGGCAGGCCCUGUUCCAGUGUGGUCUCUCUCAUCAGGGCCACGAGGACGGGCUGCAAUCCAUCCUGCUCCAUAUGAGGGACAACCAAAUCUAUCCCGAGGAGACUCUGGCUAAAGAUAUCAAAGCUUGGUUUGAGAGUCAUCCAGAACAGAAGUGGAUUGGAAGCUGGUCCACCGUAGACCCCAGGGGAGUGUGUCGGAGCUGCCAGGCAGAGCUGGAGUCCAUCCAGCUGAGUCGGGAGGAGUACGCCCAGCUCAAAGACAGGGUGAUGGGGGACGUGAUCCAAGGCAGAGACGUCUUCAAUAAGACCACUCCAGAGGAGCUGGAGAGCUUCAAGAACUUUGUCAAGCGGAAGCCGGCCUUUGACGUGGUCAUAGAUGGACUCAAUGUGGCCAACAUUGGCAUCAAAGGGAACCAGUCGCAGACGCUCCUGGAGGUGGUGUCGGAGCUUGAGCGCCAGGGCCUGGUCAUCCUGGUCCUGGGGAGGAAGCAUAUGCAGCGGCCCUCACGCAGCUGGGACAGACAUGACAUGAGCUUGGUCCAGCAGAAGGCCCACUGCUUCUUCACUGACAACAUUUCUGAGGAUGACCCUUUCCUGCUGUAUGCCACACUGCACUCUGGGAACCACUGCAACUUUGUUAGCCGGGACCUGAUGAGGGACCACAAGGCCUGCCUGCCAGACGGUGCCACCCGACGCCUCUUCUUCAAGUGGCAGAGAGGCCACCAGCUGGUGCUGAGCAGCUACACCCCGGGAAAGAGAGUACGAUUCCAGAGGAUAUUAAGUUAUGACACCAUUGUCCAGACAAAUGGAGGCUCCUGGCACAUCCCCUAUGAUGAGAAUGGGGCAGAGAGAUGCACUUAUGAAGUUCCACAGAAGUGGCUGUGUCUCACCAAGGCAAAAUAAGGACCCACUUAGAACUGGUUGAUCUUCACAAACCUGUCAAUACAGUGUUCGUCAAUGAAACUAUAGCAUGUGAAAAAGAAUAAAAGACUGAAAAAAAUCUUUGUACUUUUCUUGUAGUCCUAGAAUAUUUUUUUUCAAAAUGCAUUCAGUAAACCAAGAGGUGUCUUAAAACAACGUUUGUUGGAUUGACCCGGACAUCAACUACUGUUCCUUAAACCAAUUCCGGGGUCAUUAUCUUGCAUGUUUUUUUUCCUCAGCCAGUUCUUUUUUCAGUUUACAACUGUUAUACAAAUGUACUUGUUUGCCAACACAAUGUCCCGAGGGUCGAGUGCAGGAUUUGACCGAUAUAUUACCAUCUUCUCUCCGGAGAGCAGACUAAAAAAGUCGGUUAGUAUGGGAUAGUUAUGAAGAAAUUAAAAUACCAACUUGCCCAGUCAUUAUUGUAGCCAACUAUAGUAGGUAGCUAACGUUAAUGUUAUCUAACCUGGCCAUAGCUAACGUUAGCUUUAAUAUUUUUUAACUGAGCUAACUAGCUGCUUUAUAAUGUCAGUGAAUGGAUAAACCUAGCUAACUUUGCAAGCUGAUCAAAUUCAAAUCUGCCAGCCUUCAUGCUGAGUUUGAAACAGUUACUAUAGUAAGCUAACUUUUACAACUAGCAAUUCCUGUCAAGUUAUUUGACAGAAGUAGACCGUUACACCAUGGCCAUAGGAGGCUAACUUAGCAGCAACUAGCUGUCCAGUAAUGAGUUGUCAUUUGUUGAGUGUCUUGGCACAGAUGCGUUCAUGGUCUGAGCCCGUCAAUGUGGUGAAUAGCCUUCAUCAUGACAUGCAGUGACAGCUUUGAAGCUGUUGAUCUCUCACCUUAACAAAAGUCUGGAGUGAUGCAUCAUUUUCCCCUGUUCUGUUUAUUUUCCCAGAAUAUGCAUUCAAGGCUAUCAACCAAGGUGGCCUUACCAUAGUAGCUAUCAGAGGGCAAGACUGUGCAGUUGUCAUCACACAGAAUUCACAAGAACACCCUUUGUGAUGUGAUGUUAUAUGCAGUCAUCAGAUGUACUCUUCAAUCUCUCCCAUAGGACAAGCUUGUUGAUGCCAUCCACAGUCACACACUUAUUCAGAAUCACAGAAAACAUUGGCUGUGUCAUUUUGGAAUGACGGGUAAGAAACAUGUUCAUGUUGAAAUAUCCACUACACACUAAUUAUGAACCUUAUGAAAGGCAUUAGUUAAUGUAUGUAAUAAUGACUGUAAUCGUGACCGAUUCAUUUGAGUUCAGCUGACAGCAAGUCCCAAGUCUAGAGGGCUCGUUACGAGGCAGCCAACUGCAAGUACAAGUACGGUUAUGAGAUCCCAGUGGAUAUGCUGUGUAAGAGGAUGGCUUUUACAUCUCUCAGGUGUACACACAGAACGCUGAGAUGAGACCUCUUGGUUUCUGUAAGUGUAAAAAAACACCAGUGUAGCUGAGAAGUUUCAAGAUAUACAGUACAUGUCAGAAGUUUGGACACACCCACUCAUUCCAGGGUUUUUCUUUAUUUUUACUAUUUUCUACAUUGUAGAAUAGUAGCGAAGACAUCAAAACUAUAUGGAAUCAUGUAGUAAUUGUUAAACAAAUCUAAAUAUAUUUUAGAUUCUUCAAAGUAGUCACCCUUUGCCUUGAUGACAGCUCUGCACACUCUUGGCAUUCUCUCAACCAGCUUCACCUGGAAUGCUUUAACAACAGUCUUAAAGGAGUCCUCACAUAUCCUGAGCACUUGUUGGCUGCUUUUCCUUAAUUCUGGGGUCCAACUCAUCCCAAACCAUCUCAAUUGGGUUGAGGUCAGAUGAUUGUGGAGGACAGUUCAUCUGAUGCAGCACUCCAUCACUCUCCUUGGUCAUAUAACCCUUACACAACCUGAAGGUCUGUUGGGUCAUUGUACUGUUGAGAAAUAAAUUAUUGUUCUACUAAGUGCAAACCAGCUGGGAUGGCGUUUUGCUGCAGAGUUCUGUGGUAUACAUGCUGGUUGUAUGCCUUGAAUUCUAAAUAAAUCACUGACAGUGUCACCAGCAAAGCACCAUCACACCUCCUCCUCCAUGCUUCAUGGUGGGAACUACAUAUGUGGAAAUCAUCCAUAUACCUAAUCUAAAUCUCACAAAGGCACAGCAGAUGAAACCAAAAAUCUCACAUUUGGACAGAUUUCCACCGGUCUAAUGUCCGUUGCUUGUGUUUCUUGGCAAGUGUCUUUUUAUUGGUGUCGGUGAAGCAUUUAUUUGGGCUGCAAUUUCUGAGGCUGGUAACUCUAAUGAACUUUUCCUCUGCAGCAGAGGUAACUCUGGGUCUUCCUUUCCUGUGGUAGUCCUCAUGAGAGACAGUUUCAUCAUAGCGCUUGAUGGUUUUUGCGACUGUGCUUGAAGGAACUUUCAAAGUUCUUGAAAUGUUCCAUAUUGACUGACCUUCAUGUCUUAAAGUAAUGAUGGACUGUCGUUCAGGCAAAGGGUGGCUACUUUGAAAAAAGUAAAAUAUCAAAUAUAUUUUGAUUUGUUUAAACACUUAUUUUUGUUUACUACAUGAUUCCAUUUGUGUUAUUUCAUAGUUUUGAUUUCUUCACUAUUUUUCAAUAAUGUAGAAAAUAGUCGAAAUAAAGUAAAACCCUUCAAUGAG